AACCAAACGAAAGCGAAAGCAUAAACAAAACGCCAGACCAGCCAGUUGCACGCGAAAACCCGUCGACGACCCACAACUACACUCUUUUCCAACUCAUCUAGCACUCCCGGCACGUCCCUGUUCUUUUGUACACUUUUCACUUUUCUGCCAUUUUCCUCGACUCACCACCGACAAUCCUGUGUUUAGUUCUGUAAUCGUUAUCCUGAUUUGUGUAGUUUUACGUUCCUUGAAUAAUUUACCACUCGAAGUGAAUCACCAGUUUGAAGUGCCUGCCAGACGGCAAUCGCAACAAGCGCCACCCACCCACCAUCAUCGGGACUCCAUCUUUUCCUUUCCUCACGGUGGAACGAUACGGCAGCAAAAUUAAUUACUCAAAGUUCCACAAUGCGAUGUCGCUGUCGGCGAUGUCGAAGCCGAUACUGUACUCGUAUUGGCGCAGUUCCUGCUCGUGGCGGGUGCGGAUAGCGCUGAACCUGAAGGAGAUUCCGUACGACAUCAAACCGAUCAGUUUGAUCAAGUCGGGCGGAGAGCAGCACUGCAAUGAGUACCGCGAGGUGAACCCGAUGGAACAGGUGCCGGCGCUGCAGAUCGAUGGACACACCCUGGUCGAAUCGUUGGCGAUCAUGCACUACCUGGAAGAGACGCGUCCCCAGCGUCCACUGCUGCCGCAGGAUGUCCUAAAACGUGCCAAGGUUCGGGAGAUUUGUGAGGUGAUCGCCUCCGGCGUCCAGCCCCUCCAGAACCUGAUCGUGCUGAUCCACGUCGGCGAGGAGAAGAAGAAGGAAUGGGCCCAGCAUUGGAUCACCCGUGGAUUCCGUGCCAUCGAAAAGCUCCUGUCGACCUCGGCCGGGAAGUUCUGCGUCGGUGACGAAAUCACCCUCGCCGACUGCUGCCUGGUACCGCAGGUGUUCAACGCUCGCCGGUUCCACGUCGAUCUACGCCCGUAUCCGAUCAUUCUUCGUAUCGAUCGGGAACUGGAAGGACACCCGGCGUUCCGCGCGGCGCAUCCCUCCAAUCAACCGGACUGUCCACCGGAGGCGGCCAAGUAAGCAUGUCCGCAGAAGUGGCCAAUCGAGCUCCUCGGACGAUGGAUCUCGGACGGGAGUUGUACCGUAGAGUUGUUUAGUGAGCAAGUUCAAACCGAUGAUGUAUACUAAUGACAGAAGUUUACCAAUUUAUAUUUACAAUCGAGUCAGACCGGGUGAAAAUUCUAGCAUAACCUCAAUCUAGCACAAAACAGCAACCACUUAGCUUACCUUAAAUCCAAACAGCACACAAAACUAGACAAAUCUCGGGAAUUCCGGAACGAGGGUGACAAGCGGAACCCUUUCAAAAAGGGUCCGGUCACCAAAGCGAGCGAUAUGGCGCAAAUUAUUCUAACUUUUAAUUGCUUACCUACUUUUUAUCUCUCAAUCAAGAUGUAUCCAAUCGUAAUCGAUCAUCUAUAAAAAAUGUACGAUUUUAUUGCGAUUUUAUUACCUACACUAUUACGACGACUAUCAUUGAUAUCGAUCAAGCUUUUCUAAAAAGGGUUAUGGCGAUCAAAAGCGAACUACACCUAAGUAUUUGUGUCUAGUUAUUAUUCCUAACGGGGGGCAGGAUAGAUUCCGUUCCCAAAGUAUAUCUAUGUUUGUGUUCUUUGUGCUUGUGCUGACGACGACGUGGUGACGGCUUUCUACUCUGUAACACGACUAAGUUUGAUGUUACUUUCUUAUUCUUAGCUUACCGUGAAUUACAUUCCAUUGUGUCAUUGUGCUUUUUCUUUUGGUUGAAUAAGGGAAAAGAUGAAAACCAAUAUAUAUAUUGAAAGUGGA